CAAAAUAAUGGAAGAUUAGGAGAAAGAGAAAAGUAGAAAACCGAUGACCUUAAGCCAGAGAAUAAGGAUGGAAUUGUCUCAGUAGUAGGAGGAAAAGAAACCUGUCGAGGGACCUUAGUUGAUAAAGCACAAGCCCUCGAGUUAUGAUGAGGAGACAGGAUAAUUGUAUUCUUUCUAUGCAAGCGCAGUGAAUCAAACUUCGCAAUUUCUUUCAAACAUUUUUGGGGGAACAUAUAUUCCACAGUAUCAAUUUAGUUUCACGCAUAAAUAAAAUGUGAUAAAAUAUGUGUUUGAAAAAAAUAAUGUUAUUGCUGAGUAUGUGAGCAAGGAGAUGAGGAAGAGUCACUAGGAGAUGGACUUGAAUGACUUGCUUCGAUUGUAAAAUCGGAUGAUGCUGGUUGCUUAACUUGCUGAUUGUAGGAAUAGAAUAGGAAUCACUGCGUAUUGUUGGGGUGCUUUGAUGGGUAGUUUUUGCAUGUUAUUGCCAAUUUCAAUCUGGAAGAAGGGAGCGAUGUCAAUGAGUGUGUUCCACCUUUUUGGGAGUUACGUAAGCCAAGCAAACAUCGACAGGGUUUUUGAUAAGGUUUAUUAGUUCUAUGUGCAAGAUUUGGAGGAGUACAAGAAAGAGAGAGAGAACAUUACGGUGGGUUAAAUAAAGUAGAGUAAAUUGGACAGAGAUUUGGAGGAUGUAAUAUAUAUUAAUAUAUAAUUAAUUUAGAAAAGACUAAGAAAGUACUUGCGAGAAAUUAGUAAAUAAUAAUGA